AUGUCUGACUACGAGGAUGAUAUGGACGUUGAUGCCCCGCCUGCCCGGGACACGGCCGCGUUUACUGCAGACCCUACAGAUGUGAAGGGGAAGAGAAUUGUUGCUGAUUUACCAGUCGAAGCCGGAGAUAAUCUUCCCUGGGUUGAGAAAUACCGCCCAGAUACACUCGACGAUGUCUCUGGACACCAAGAUAUCAUUGCUACGAUAAACAGAUUUGUCGACUCAAAUAGACUUCCGCAUCUCCUGCUCUAUGGCCCUCCAGGAACUGGAAAGACUUCCACAAUCCUCGCGCUGGCGCGGCGGAUAUAUGGAUCAAAAAAUAUGCGGCAGAUGGUCCUGGAACUUAACGCAAGUGACGAUAGAGGAAUCGAUGUAGUGAGAGAGCAGAUUAAGACUUUUGCCAGUACGUCUCUAGUAUACAAAGGUAGAAGCGAGGCAGAAUCACUAACAGCUAUUGUAGGCACGAAACAAAUAUUUUCAACGGCGCCCUCGUCUGGCUCGGGGCUGGGGGCAUUCAAGUUAAUUAUUCUUGACGAGGCCGAUGCGAUGACCUCCGCGGCCCAGAUGGCACUACGUCGAAUCAUGGAAAAGUACACCGCCAACACCCGAUUUUGUAUCAUCGCGAACUACACACACAAGCUUUCGCCCGCACUCCUGUCUCGAUGCACACGGUUUCGAUUUAGUCCAUUGAAGGAAAAGGAUAUCAGAAGGCUAGUUGAUACCGUGAUAGAAACGGAAGAAGUGCAGAUACAGCCAGAUGCCAUUGACAGCCUGGUUAAGUUGAGCAAGGGAGAUAUGAGACGAGCCUUGAACGUUCUUCAAGCCUGCCACGCAAGCAGCAUGCCUCUACCCUCGAAAAAUGACGAUGCUAAUGAACAGCAGCAAGAAAGAGAAACAAUAACCGAAGAGACGAUAUACACAUGUAUCGCUGCACCACACCCAGCCGAUAUCAAAAUCAUCCUCGAAACCUUACUGUCAACGUCAGACGUGACUUCGUGUUUAAAUACUGUACAAACCCUCAAGGCCAACAAAGGGCUGGCAUUGGCCGAUAUAAUCUCCGCACUAUCGACGGAACUUCAGAGCCUAGAGGUCCCUGCACAAGUUAGGGUAUCUUGGAUAGAAGGACUGGCGGACGUCGAAUGGAGACUGUCAGGCGGUGGAAGUGAGGUUAUACAGACGGGUGGUAUGAUUGGAGUAAUACGCUCUGGCUGCGAGCUAAUGGGAGAUAAAGAUAUAUUAAUGAAUGAAUAG